GUGUGUGUAAGUUAGUGACUGAGUGAGUGGGUAAGAGAAAGAGAAAAAGGGAGAGACAGGGAGAACAGAGAGAGGGGCUGUGGGGGAAUCCAGGUCAUCCGAGCAGCACAGAGGUGCACGUCUGAUGGAUAGCCUUCCAAAGCAGACUCUGACUUCUCUCCUCACUGCUGCAGAGGUAUUUCGAGUUCUGCGGAGAUUGCUAGGAUAAAGAAAAAGUUGUUUGAAAAACAAACCGGAACUGUGUCUUCCGCUGAUAGCGACAGCCGCUCGCGACGCUCCCCUCCCGUGUGCGCGCUCCUCCAGAUGUUUCGCGUCUCGCGAGGGAAUUCAUUGGUCUUUUAAAAAGGAGAACACGCUCUGUGACAUGUCUGCCUUUGCUCCUGCACGGCUACCCGCUCGCACAUAACCGACUGUCAUGGAACCCAUUUAAUUGGUCCCUGACACCAGCAGUGGAUAAAAGAAGAAAGGUUGGAAAAGGAAAGAAGUGGGUUCAGUAAAUGUUCGUUAGUGGCGCCCGUUAAGAGAGGCGGUUGAGAAUGGAGUUGGCCGCUUUCCUGCCGCUGCUCUUUGUCAGGAUGAGUUUGUUUGCGCUCUGGAAUGCGAGCCCCUCGCGACAGACCCAGCGCGAGGAGUACAACAGCGAGAACGUGAUUGACCUGCUGGAGGCCUUGAAUGUGACCCGUGGCGGAGUGAGGGGUGUGACAAAGGUCAAAGGGCAGGAGGCGGGGCUUGUGGCUUGGCGUUUCCGCUCGCGCACCCCCCAUCUGAUGUUGCCACGGGAGCACACCCUCUACCUGCUAACCUCUGCCCGUGGCUCACUGGGCCUGCACCUGAUUGGUCAGCAGGCUCGUCAAUCCACGGCAACGCUGCUGUCGCUGAUGUCCCGUGGCCAAAUGCUGCUACGGCUCGUCUCCUGCACACGCUCAAACACUCUCCGUCUCGAGUACCCCCCACACACACGCUCACACUCGGACACGCACACACACACUGACACAAACACACACAGCCUUCUGUUGCCAGGUGGGUCUCCUUUUACAGGUGGGGGCUGGGUGCAGCUCGCUUUGGGGUUGGAGGCCCAAAGGGUGGCCCUAUUCACCGACUGCAGAGAGGAAGUGGUAGUGGAGUUGUCACAGCCUGAUGAGGUCAUCAACCUGCGACUGCCACUGGACCUGCAGGUUACCUUUGCCAGUGAGGCAAAAGAGCCCAACAGCAAGUUCAGUGGCUCCUGGCUGACAGCAGAGAUCUCUACCCAUGCAUAUCGGAGGCGUCCAUGGUCUUGUCCAAAUCUCACAGAACCUGUCCCCCCUCCUACACCGAGGAGUGAGACGGUUCUGAUGGAGGGUUCCACUCCUCCCAUCAUGCUCUUGGAUGAGAGUGUGGGCGUGGCUAAUGACCAGCCCCAGCGAGUCGUCCUGGGGGCACCAGGAAGAAGAGUGCAGUCCUCGGCACUCACACCUGUGAAUUCACAGACUGACACACACACCAGCCACGGGGAGCGCAUCAGCAGAUUAGAGGAACGCCUAGAUGGAGUUAGCACCAUGCUGCAGAUGCUUAAGAACCAGAAUCUGGAGCUUACUGAGCGUGUGCGUUACCUAGAGUCGUGUGAGUGUGUCAGGCGUGUGUGUGUGUGGGAGGGUGUUGAGGUGGAAUCAGGAAAGAGCUGGACAACUGACACACACUCUCAGUGCACCUGCACCAAUGGACAGGUCCACUGCACCUCUACUCAAGAGUGUGUGUAUGAUGGUAAAACCUACAGGACCGAAGAGGAGUAUAAACCUGACAGCUGUUCCUCAUGUCUGUGUAAGAAUGGUCAGAUGAACUGCAUUAGGGUGAGCUGCUCCUCACUCCCCUGUCGAGAUCAGAGUAUACCAGAGGGGGAGUGCUGUCCUGUCUGCCGCUCAGGUUGUGAAUAUGAAGAGGCAUGGCAUGAGAACGGAGACGUGUUUGUGUCUCGGGCCAAUCCCUGUGUGAACUGUUCCUGCACUAAUAAUCGUGUGAAGUGUGUUCCCAUCCAAUGCCCUCGUCCUCGCUGUUCAAACCCUUUCCAACCCCCAGGAGAGUGUUGUCCUGUCUGUACAGCCUGUGACCUGGAUGGUCGACCCCAUAACAACACCAUAAUCAGCACACUUGAUGGAUGCCAGACCUGCACUUGUCAGAGUGGGAUUGUGUCCUGUGACGUGAUCCAGCGCUGCACUCAGCGCUGUGUGGAGAGGCGUCUGUGCUGCCGGGAUCUACCUGGACUGGUGCUGCUGGACGGAGUGGCCUUCCCAGAUCCACGGGACAGCUGCAAACGCUGCAUCUGCACUGGGGGGAAUGUGGUGUGUACAGGUGUGUCUUGUCCUACUCUAGAUUGCUCUCUGGUAGAGACCGUUGGAGGAGUUUGCUGUCCACGAUGCAGAAGCUGUGUGUUGGAUGGUAUCUGGCACGAGCAUGGUUCACAAUGGAGUCCAGACAACCCCUGUAGUGUGUGUACCUGUGUGGAGGGGCAAGUUCGCUGUGAGAGGCAGGAGUGUAGCCCCCCCUGCACCUACCCCUCCAGUCCCCGCCCCGGAACAUGCUGCCCUGUCUGCAAUGGUUGUGGUGUAAACGGACUGGACUUCUUAAAUGGUGACCGUGUGCCAAGUGGAGAUCGAUGUGAGGAGUGUGUUUGUGUGAAUGGAGACCUGCACUGUAAGCUCCUCCCCUGCCCAGCCACACCCUGUCCUCAUCCAAUCAAGCGAGCCGGAGAGUGUUGCCCACGUUGUGAGCAGUGUGAGUAUGAAUCACAGGUGUAUGCUGAUGGCCAGACCUUUCCAUCCAGAACAGAUCCCUGUCUAAGCUGUCGCUGUUCGGUAGGUGAGGUGGAAUGUGAUCGCUUGGACUCUCAGUGUCCUGAUAUCCGCUGCACCCACCCAGCUAAACCACAAGGACACUGCUGUGCAUCCUGUGAGAUGUGUGAGUAUGAAAGGCGGCAGUAUGUAGAUGGGAAGGUGUUUACUCCACCAGGAAGUGGUCCGUGUGUUCAAUGCACCUGCAAGAGAGGAAGUGUGAGAUGUCAUAAGCAGAGAUGUCCUCCUGUGUCUUGUGCAAAUCCCAUCAGGGACCCACAACUGUGUUGCCCUGUGUGCAAAGUUUGUUUGUUGGAUGGCGUGGAGCUGGAGGAGGGCUCUGAGUGGAAGACAGACUGUAGCCGGUGUGUGUGUAAGGACGGAGAGGUGGUGUGUCGCUCCGCACACUGUCCCCCCAUCACCUGCCAGCACCCCACUAAAACCAACGGUGAUUGUUGUGCUUCGUGUGACCGCUGCACAUAUAACAACCGUAUCUAUGAGAACAGUCAAACAUUCACUGACCCCGAGAACCCCUGUCAAAGGUGCAUGUGCCAGGAUGGUUCAAUGGAGUGUGUAGUGAUUGACUGUCCCCAGCUCACCUGUUCCAAGCCGUAUAGGACGCCUGGACAGUGCUGCGCUCAGUGCCCAGAUUGUGAUUUCGAGAAUCGUGUGUUUGUGAAUGGUGAGCAGUUCCCUAACCCAGUGCACCCGUGUGAGGACUGUGUGUGUUUGGACGGAGCGGUGGAGUGUAAGAACCACCAGUGCCCCACGCCCACCUGCCAUCACCCACUGCCAGCCUCCUGCUGCCAGAACAACUGUAAUGGAUGUAGUUAUGCUGGUAAAGAAUAUCCCAAUGGUGCAGAGUUCCCUCAUCCAACAGACAAAUGCAGAACCUGCCACUGUAUUAAUGGGAAUGUUCAGUGUCUCAUGAAGAGAUGUCCAGCUCUACACUGCACACUGCCUCACAGCGUACCAGGAGAGUGCUGUCCCCAGUGUCCAGCACCUCCUGCAAACUGUGUGUAUGUGGGUCAGACAUACAUGCACAGCCAGCGCUUCUAUCACCCUACUGACAGCUGUCAGUCAUGCUCCUGCACCAAUGGGACAGUGAGCUGUGUGCGCAAGCCCUGCCCCCCAGCCCUUUGUGUUCAUCCCAUUCAACAAGACUGCUGUCGCACGUGCGACGGCUGUCUGUAUGAUGGGAGAGAGCACCCGAAUGGGGGGGUGUUUGCGGACAUAUCAGACCCGUGUGGACUGUGUGUGUGUCGGGAGGGAACGGUGACCUGUGAGAGGAAACGCUGUCCUAUGGUCACCUGCCCGUUCCCCAUACAGAGAGAGUGCUGCCAGAGCUGUGAUGGGUGUCUGUAUGUUGGAGUGGAGUACCAGAGUGGCCAGGAGUUUGCAGACCCCGCCUCCCAGUGCAACGUGUGUGUGUGUGUGAACGGCAGAGUCAUCUGUAACCCAAAGCCCUGCUACAACCCUGGCUGCACACAUCCAGUAACAUUGCCUGGACAAUGCUGUCCGGUGUGUGAUGGCUGUUCCUAUGACAACACAGUGAUGCUGGAUGGACAGGUGUUCCCAGAUGCAAGAGAUUCCUGCUCUGAAUGCACCUGUCGGAGAGGAUCAGUGCAGUGCUUGAGGAGGGUUUGUUCCACUGCUCACUGCCCCCAUCCUGUUAGCGGCCCAUGUGACUGUCCUGUGUGUGAAGGUUGUGUGUUCCAAGGUGGGGUGUACGUGGCUGGUCAGAGCUUCUCUGCUCCUAAGGCUGACUGUGACGUUUGCACAUGCUCAAAAGGCAGAGUGACCUGUGUUCCUCGAGUGUGUGCAAAGGUGUCGUGUCCUCACCCUGCGUUGGACGGCUGUUUGUGUGGAGUGUGUGAGGGCUGCCGGUUCCAUCAGCGUAACUGUGGCAACGGAGAACGCUUCCCACAUCCCCAGGACCCCUGCCAACGCUGCACAUGCCUGAAUGGCGGUGUGACGUGUGUGUCAGUCUCGUGUCCGGCAGUAGCGUGUGCUCGGCCAGUGACCCCUCCUGGAGAGUGUUGUCCUGUGUGCACAGGUGUGUGUGAGCACCAGGGAAACGUGUAUGACAGCGGGAGCACCUUCAGAGACCCCAAUGACCGAUGCACCACCUGCACAUGCCUAAAUGAAGUAGUGUCAUGCCAGAGGAAACCCUGUGCCAAGCAGUGCACACACCCUGCAGCAACUCGAGACUGCUGUCCAGUGUGUGAGGCGUGUGUGUACGAGAGUCAGCAGUACACACACAAGCAGAGUUUCACACCCCGUUCGCUUCCGUGUGAGCGGUGUGUGUGUCUGAGUGGGAGUGUGACCUGCAUGCCUCGCUCUUGUCCUGUUCUCUCCUGCCUCAAUCCACACACACCACCUGGACAGUGCUGCCCCGUCUGCAAAGUGUGUUCUCAGUAUGGGGUGGAAUAUGCAGAGGGUCAGACAUGGAACCCUGGAAGUGACCCUUGUCAGAAGUGCACGUGUGCCUUUGGUGAGAUAGUAUGUGUGGGUCCUCAGUGUCCUGCUUUGACCUGCAUAAACCAGUUAACGGAUCCAGAUUCCUGCUGUCCUCGCUGCAAAGGCUGUGUGUAUAAAGGCGUGGAGCACCGUGAAGGCAGUGAGUGGUUUGACUCGGGGUCCCCCUGCAUGUCCUGCAUGUGUGUCGAAGGAGUGACCACUUGCUCAGAGCUACGCUGCAUCUCGCCCUGCACACACACCAUCAAUGUACCGGGAGAAUGCUGUCCAGUCUGUGCAGAUUGUAUCUAUGACAACAAAGUGUAUGGACCAGGAGACACCUUCAACCCUGCAGAUGAUCCCUGCCAGAUCUGUGUUUGUGAGGUAAUGCCAGAUGGGGAACAGCAUUUGCGUUGCAUCAGGAAACAGUGCCCCAGUCUGGUUGAUUGUCCAAAGGAAAACAUCCACUUCACCUCGGAUUCAUGCUGCCCUGUUUGUGCGCAGCCCCUCAGUAACUGCACUGCAACACUAAUCGGGAAUGAAGUUUUGGCUACAGACGAUCCCUGUUUCACAUGUCAAUGCAAGGACCUGACAUGGACCUGUAUCCACCAGACGUGUGUGCCCCUCACCUGUCCUCCCCAGGAGCAGUACACCCCCCCAGACUCCUGCUGUGCCGUCUGUGAUGAUUGUCUGAUUGAAGGAGGAAGGGAGAGAGUUUCAAAUGGACACAGCUGGACAGACAGUACCAACGAGUGCAUAACCUGCACCUGUAAUCUGGGCUACAUCGAGUGUGAGAUAGAGGAGUGUGUCCUACCGGUGUGUGAUGAUGGUUGGGUGAGCGUCAAGCCGCCUGGGAAGUGCUGCUACGAGUGCCAAGAUUCAGGAGCAUCGUGUGAGUACCAGGGUGAAGUGUAUGUGAGUAAUGAGCACUGGGAGGUUGAUGAGUGCACCAGCUGUACGUGUGUAUCAGGAGACGUCCACUGCCAAACAGAGAGAUGCCCCCCAACCAACUGUGCAGCUGAUGAGACCCCUGCUCUGAUCCCUGGGAUGUGCUGUCCACACUGCCUGCCCCACCCGGCCACCUGCAUCGUCUUCGGGGACCCCCACUACCGUACCUUCGAUGGCAGGAUGGUUAACUUCCAGGGCGCCUGCACCUAUGUGCUCACUGAGGACUGUCACGGGGGAGACUUCAGUAUUCACGUCACCAAUGAUGCACGUGGUCGAAAGGGUGUGUCUUGGACCAAAGAGGUGACCCUGUUCAUCGCUGACAUCACCGUUAGCCUAUUGCAGAACUGGGUUGUCAUGGUGGACUCUAAGGUGGUCACCCUACCUUACCUGAGAGAGCCGUAUGUUUAUGUGGAGCGUAAAACCAACACCAUUCUCCUGAACACUAACAUCGGCCUGAAGGUGCAGUGGAAUGGUCGUUCCCACCUGGAGGUCAGUGUUCCGGGGACGUAUAAGAAACACACCUGUGGUCUGUGUGGGAACUUCAACAACUACCCGCAGGACGACCUCCGACUCCGCAACGGACAGCUCACAUCCUCAGAGGCCGCCUUCGGCAACAACUGGAGGGUGGACAGUCUGAACUCCAGCUCAUCGUGUGUGUUAGAAGCCCAGGACGUGAACCCGUGCAAGUCUGCCGGUUAUUCUGCUCGCAAAUCUGCCAAUUCUCGCUGUGCCGUUCUGAAGGGUUCCAUGUUCGAGAAGUGCCAUAAGGUGGUUCCACCGGAGAUGUUCUACGCGGCAUGUGUGUAUGACCUGUGCGCGUGCGGAGCCAACAGCGAGGAGUGUUUGUGUGAUGCGCUCGAGGCGUACGCAUCAGAGUGCAGGGAGGCCAGUGUCAUACUGCAGUGGAGGUCAUCCUCACUGUGUGCGGUGGGCUGCCCAGUGGACCGUGGCUUUGUGUUUGACGAGUGUGGCCCGCCUUGUGCUGUGACGUGUGUGACGCGUGACGUGCCCCUGGGCGUGAUCGAGGCCCAGUGCUUCAAGCCGUGUGUGCCAGGCUGCCAGUGCCCUGCCGGCAGAGUUCUCCAUGACAACCACUGCGUCCGCCCUGACAAAUGCCCCAAUAUAAUACACAACACCAACUAAUGCGCGCGCACACACACACACACACACACACACACACACACAUACACAUACAUACACAUACAGCACAAACUCACAACAUACCCAAUAUUAUCUAACACGAACACAUACACAAAACACCACCUCACACACACACACACACACAUAUACAUGCACAUACUGUACAAACACACUCCCACAAAGAUACAGUUUAUCUGGACAUUCACCUAUAUGACAUAUUCCACCACUAACAGUAGCAGAUACACGCAUACACAACAACUGCUCUAACAGACGUGAAGAUACAGUAAAGUGACUGAUUUGAAAUGGUGCUAUGUUAUCCAGCCAGCUGACUGGUCUUCUGUAAAAUACAGUAAUAUGGUGUAAUCUGUGAUGUGCACUUGGGACACACAUGCCUCUGUUGUCUGUUGUCUAAGAGAGUGUGCUAAGACUUCUGGGAUGGUGGAGGACCAAAGACUAUUUGAAUUCACAAUUCACUUGGCUAUAUUCAUGUAUAAUAUUAUUUUUUGAUUUAAAUGCCAGUUGUAUUUUGUAUUUUAUUUUUUAUUUUGUGUAUCAGUGCCUCAUGUCUAUUGUGUGCUGUAUUGUAUGAUAUUGUAUUGCGUAUUGUGUGUGUGUGUGUCUUUUGUACUGUACGUAUUUUAUAGCAACAGCACUAUAUUUUUGGGAACAGUGUAAAAGGUGCACCAGCAGAAUUACUGUAUUGUUACGCAGAACUAUGUUUCCAAAUACACUGAAACUUUUACA